UUUCAAGUUUUGUUUUUAUUCAACUAUAGGUAUAGGAUUUCUAUAAAAAUUUGUAAAAUAUUACAAGGAAAAAUACAAAUAUAUAGUUUUUUAAGCCAAAAUUUAACAAACUUCAACGAUAAAUUGCCUAAAUUUCCGCUAAUAACAUACCCGCUAAAUUUAUAACAAAAUCGCCGAUUUAAAACAAAACAUAAUAAAAUUGUCAACACAGUUUAUCAUCUAUAUUUAUUACCUUUGCAUAAAUUUUCGUACAAAUUUAGACUUGUGUGGAAUUUCAUUUUAUCAAAAUGAUUAUCUCACGUUUCGCCCAAUUAAAAGCUGCUGCAAAUGCUACAAAUUUUUCAACAAUGAGACAACUAGGUGGUCGUACCAUUAGCGAAAUACAAAGACGUAAUGCGACACAUUUUCGUAGUGGUGCCUUGAAGCCUAAACCCGAGGAAAUGCCCUUUGGCAUGAUGGGUGUAGUGUGUGCUGUUGUACCUGGUCUUUUUAUUGGAGCAGCCAUUAGUAAAAGUGUAGCAAAUUUCCUAGAAGAAAAUGAUUUGUUUGUGCCCGAAGAUGACGAUGAUGAUGAAGAUUAAAUGACUAAUAUGGUUGUGGACGAGACCCAUACACAUCAUAUGCACAGCGUUAAUUGUCAAGACAAUAGCACAAAAUUAUUAUUACUGGAGCACAACACUAGUCAUAUUGUUAUAUAGUGAAUCUUAAGGCGAAGUUGUAAAGAAAAAAAUCAAAAAAUCAUACAAGGUUAUGUUGAUGAUGGUAAUAUUUUUUUUAUAAAUAGACUACUAUUUAAAGUAUUUAAACAAUCCUUGACUAAAUUUGAAUUUUUUUAAUAAUAUCCUAAAAAUGCAUAUAAACAAAUACCUAUAAUCUCAAA